UGACAUGGAGUCCCUAGCGUCCGCAUCAAGAUCAACCUCACACGGCCGCAGGCCCGUCACAAUUCCCGCGCCUCUCUUCCAUCCUACAAUCUGGCCACUGCGACUUUGCUGCGGCUACCGGAACCGCCUCAGCCCGGUCCGAAUAGUCUCUCGCACACACACGUUCAUUCAUCCAUCCCCCCAUCCAAUUUUCUGCAGUGCCAAGCCUGCGAGCGGAACGCACCCGUGAGAGAUAUAAUACACCCACGUUCCUGGCCACUUUUGAUCGAGGAUUUCCUCACAGGAGAAGAAGGGUUUGCCGCAUAUUCUUCGCCUUGUAAUGUGUACCUGAAGCAGGCGGCAACUGUACUUCCAGACUACGGGGGGCUAGGCUGGCCGUAGUCACAAGAGGCCACCGCGGUCUUCGUACACUUUAAUCCAGCUCCAGAAUUGUGUCCGCGGGACCAGGCUAAUGGCAUCUAGUGUCACCUGGCAUAUUUGUAUCUUCCUCCAGCUGGCGGCGCGGCGUGCGGACUUGGGGAGGCCAGGGGCCAGUCUAUGAGGACCUAGAUAGAUCGGUGGCUCACUACCUCGGGGACCAGCCCACACUGAGGGAGGGAGUUUGUGUCUGUGAGUUUGUAAUUUCUAUAUUCUGGGCUCUUCUUUCGUCUCCCUCUCCCACACAGCCAGCCCAUCUCGCUGUGAAUCCGUCCAUCUCGAAACAGACAUCGCGACAAAUAUCCGGGUCGCACCUCUAUCCACCACAAAACACACAUCCAAACCAGAAUACCCUUCUACUCCCACUCAAGGAGCCACAAGAUGAAGACACCCGUGCUCAUUGUCGUGUGCGCCUCAGCGGCGGUGCUCUGCACCCUUCCAGCCCUCUACAUCUUCCUCGCAUACCACACGCGCAAGGAGCGCAAGGGUUGGGUGGUCGACUACGACGAGGCCGUCAAAAGACUCGAGGCCGAGCAACAGCGCAACCCGCGGCCCAGGAGCCCCGCCAUCCCCGGCGGCACAGACUCCUCAGCGGAACGGGGUAGGACUCUCGCGCGCGAGCCGGCACUCCCCGCCCCCGUGCACGACCCACGAGCGGCGCCUCCACGGCCCCUCAGGAGGAAGGGUCCUCUGCGACCCACCACGCCGCGCUCGAGGACGACGGCGACGACGAGCACGGGUAGCACUGGUGGCCGUCGCCGCAGCAGCGGCUCCUCCGAGAGGCGGAGAGGCGGAGACGGACAGACAGCCACCCAGAUACCGAACCUCGAGUCCAACUGGAUCUAGAUCAGGAGUAUCGCGGGCCUGGCUCGGCAUGGCCCCUUCUGGCGAGAAGGAGGUGCCCCGCCCAGCCGCCCGAGUGCAAGCCGGGACACCAGACCACCGCGGCGACAACAGGUUGGCGCGGCAGCUGUUGAAGCCGAGGCGGCGCGCGCAGAUCGAGGUGUGGUUGGAUGAGACCGUGAGCGAGCAGGAGACGCAAUGCUGCACAGCCGGGAGGGAGUUUGGCCACCGCUCGGACUCGCUCAUGCCACAGCCCGCGGGUCAGCCCGGCGAGAGCCCCCGCUCGACUCCUGUGAUAGAAGGCAUCUGCCCCGUUUGCGGUCGGUCCUCGGGGGGCGAGGGAGGGCCGCCGCCACGACUGGCGGAGGGAAAAGUUAAGCAUAUGCUCCGCGGGAUCAUGGGGGCCAUGGGCCAAUUCAGGGCCAGGGAUGCCGGCAAGGGUGGCAAGGGUGGCGGCGGCGGCAGCGACGAAGACGAAGACGACAAAAAGGUGCCCGGCCGAGCGGUGACGGCCAUGUUCCUUGCCGAGGCCAGCGGCGACGACGACGACGACGACGGCUCCGUGGCCACCGUGUUUAGUUCGAGUGGCCGAUUCGGCGGGGGGGAGGGCAAGGCGCUUGAGGAGCGGCUGGCGCGCUUGAUGAGGGCCCAGAAGUUGCUAGAGAAAAGCCAAGGCAGGCGGGGAUGAGGCCUGUUGCCCACGGAUGUAAUGUCGCGAACAAUAUAGCUUCUUUUUCAUGGAACCGAUGACUGCGGCCCUAUAAUUGUCGUGUGGUGGUCGCCCCCUCCAUCACCAUCCGAUCCCGUACAAUAAUGAUUGCCGCCAAGCGUGGCGACGCUGAAUCUGAGCGCGCACAGUGCCCAGGGCGGUAAACUCGUUCUGCCGAAAUCAAUCUCGUGAUUCUGGCUCUGCCCAAAUCGGCCGAGGCAUCAGCAGUUCGGUGUCUCAGCAUCUCAAGGGCUUGGGAGAUGGGAACUUGCCAGUGCCAGCAACGCGUGCCUUGCUGGGCUCUUUGCAGCCCGGACCUUACUCUCACCUAACGUCGUCUGCCUUGUGGUCGAGCUGUAGCCUGAUCCAGUAUCGUGAAAACAUGGGGAUGUCGCCAUCAUUCGGCAAUUGACUGGAGCGGCGGGUUGACUUGAUGACUGUUUUGAUUU